AUGUCCCACUUGAAAUACUACAAUUAUGAAGGCGUUGGUGAGAGGAACAAGAAAGACUUCUGGUACAGUCAAGCUGUGAGAAUCGGUGAUCGUAUUGAGUGUGCAGGCCAAGGUGGAUGGGAUCCCAAGACAGGCGUAUUUCAUCGAGAGAUUAAUGCCCAGAUCGACCAAGCAUUUGAAAAUGUCGACUUGAACCUCAAGAAUGCCGGGGGCAAAGGCUGGGAGCAGGUCUUCCGAGUCAACUCAUAUCAUGUCCCUAUCAACAACGAGGCGCUUGAUGCGAUGGUGCGCAACUUUAAGAAAUGGAUGCCCGGACAUCAGCCCAUCUGGACAUGUGUUGGAGUGACGAGGCUCGGUGAAGACGACAUGCGAGUGGAGAUCGAAGUAGUGGCCCACGACCCCUGA